CCACACGUUGUCACGUGUACGUUAAUUAAAUCGCGACCAAAUCGCGAGCGCGAUAAAAACCGCGUCGUCUCGUUGCAGUGUUCGGUACACACACACACUCACACUUAUACACCCACACACAUGCAUACAGCUAAAGAGUUCGAUUUCGCCUUGCCGCUCGAUCAAUAGACACUCUCUCGCUCUCGCUCUCAAUUUUUGGAGCAUACAAAAUGGCGUCAACGGAGACGCCAACGUCGCGGCCAAGCAACGAUCGCGGCAGCACCAGCACCACGAGCACGAGCAGCAACGUCGCCACCGCUGCCGCGGCGCAAACAGACAGCGAAACCUAUGCCACAGAGCAGGCGCAAGCGGCGCAGCGACAGCGCAGCGGUGGUGGCGGCAGCGGCAGCGGUAGCGGCGGCAGCAAUUCGCCUACACCACAAAAGGAUAAACCAAAGGCCGUUAGCCCGCCGUUAACAACACCGCCGAGCGCCAGCGGUGCCGCCGAUGCCGACGUCAGCGGCGCUGCCAACGCGGGCAGCUCAUCGCCCAGCUCCAGUGCGACGACAACGACGACGCCGCUCCAGCAGCAGCAGCAGACGCCGCUGCCACAACAAUUCUGCCUACGCUGGAACAACUACCAAUCGAAUCUGACCACGAUCUUCGAUCAGCUGCUGCAGAACGAAUCCUUCGUGGACGUGACGCUCGCCUGCGACGGCCGCUCGAUCAAGGCCCACAAAAUGGUGCUCUCCGCCUGUUCGCCGUAUUUCCAGACGCUGCUGGCCGAGACGCCCUGCCAGCAUCCCAUUGUUAUCAUGCGCGACGUCAGCUGGUGCGAUCUCAAGGCCAUUGUGGAAUUUAUGUAUCGCGGCGAGAUCAACGUGAGUCAAGAUCAAAUUGGCCCGCUGCUGCGCAUCGCCGAGCUGCUGAAGGUGCGCGGCCUCGCGGACGUAACCCAAAUGGAAGAAGUCAAUUCUGCAGCAGCAGCAGCAGCAGCAGCGGCGGCGGCAGCGGCUGCAGCAGCAGCAACAGCGACCGCCUGCUCCUCGCCCGCUCAACUGUCGCCCAAGACGCCGUUGGAGCGCGAACCGAGCGAUGAUCUGCUCUCCUUCAUGCAGCCGGAGAAGAAGUUGCGCACCAGCGACUGGGAUUGCGGCGAGCUGCGUCUUUCGCCGCAGCAGCAGCUCCAUCACCAGCAGCAGCAGCAGCAACAGCAGCAACAACAACAGCAGCAGCAGCAGAGCCGCAAUGUGCGCAAGCGUCGCUGGCCCUCGGCUGAUGCCAUAUUCCAGGCGCCGCCGAGUCCAUUGAGCAGCUUGAUCGCAGCCGAGCGACUGGAGCAGGAGCAGAAGGAGCGAGAGAGACAGCGCGAUUGCGGCCUACUGACACCGCCGCCCAAGCCAAUGGGCGCUGGCAGCGGCAGCCUGACGCCGCGCCGCUUGACGCCCGCAGCACAAGCGCUGGAGACGGCGCUGCAUGGCCUGGAAAUGCCCUCACCUGCAACGACGCCAGCGCCACCGGGAGCUAGUCGCUGCCCACGCUCGCUGCCCAGUCCACAGCAACAACAACAACAACAGCAGCAGCAGCAGCAGCAUCUCCAUCAUCUGCAGCAGCAACAGCAACAGCAUCACAUCUCCACUUCCGCUUCCAGCACUUCCGCUGAGUCGCGAUUCCCGCUCGGCUCUGCCGCGGCCAUGGCCGCUGCCGCCAUGGAGCUCAGCGUCGCUGCUGCCGAGCCACGACUGCCGCCACCGCCGCCCCACCAUCACAGCGGACCGUCCAGCUCAGCUUCGCUCGCGGACGACAUGGAGAUCAAGCCGGGCAUAGCGGAGAUGAUACGCGAGGAAGAGCGGGCAAAAAUGAUGGAAAACUCACACGCUUGGAUGGGCGCAAGUGGCUCAACUUUAGCAGCAGACAGCUAUCAAUAUCAGCUGCAGUCGAUGUGGCAAAAAUGCUGGAACACUAAUCAAAACUUAAUGCAUCACAUGCGGUUUCGCGAACGCGGACCACUUAAAUCAUGGCGACCCGAAACGAUGGCCGAAGCCAUUUUCAGCGUACUAAAGGAAGGACUUUCACUAUCACAAGCGGCGCGAAAAUACGAUAUACCCUAUCCGACAUUUGUGCUUUACGCAAAUCGGGUGCACAAUAUGCUCGGCCCCUCGAUCGAUGGCGGACCCGAUCUACGACCCAAGGGACGAGGUAGACCGCAACGCAUUCUCCUGGGUAUCUGGCCGGAUGAGCAUAUCAAGGGCGUCAUCAAGACGGUCGUGUUUCGCGACACUAAGGACAUAAAGGAAGAUAGCCUAGGAGCACAUAUGCCACCGUACGGUCGGCAUUCGCCCGUUUUUCCCUUGCAGGACAUGACGCUAAGCUAUCCAGGUCAGCCGGUUGGCGGAGGAGCCGCCAGCCUCAGCGCCCUGGCCUGUCCCAAUGGUAUGGGCAGUGGCGGCGCCGUGGGAGGCGCUGCCAGUGGUGCGGAGCAACAAAUGUCGCAGGAGCAGAUGUCAGCGGUGGCUGCCGUUGCACACAAUAUACGCCAGCAGAUGCAAAUGGCCGCCGCAGCGCAGCAUCAGCACGGGGAGGCGGGGCCGCAACCACCCCCACCGGGUCCGCCGGGCCUGUUCAAUUUGCCGCCCCAUUUGACGGGCGGAGCGGGACGGGCUAGCAUAUCGCCAGCAUUGAGCAGUGGCUCAAAUCCAUCGCUGGGAGCACGGCAUGCGCCCUCGCCCUGCGGUCCCGCCGGCCUCUUGCCGAAUCUGCCGCCCAGCAUGGCCGUUGCACUGCAUCGAGAUCCGGCAGCGGCUGCACUACUCAGUCAGCAGCAGCAGCAUCAUCUGCAGCAGCUGCAGCUCCAUCAGCAGCACCAACAGCAACAACAACAGCAGCAGCAACAACAGCAACAGCAGCACCAGCAACAACAACAGCAGCAACAACAGCAACAACAACAACAGCAGCAGGGCGCACGCGUCGCUAGCCACAAUAAUCCAGACAUGUCGGCGGCUAUUAAUAAGGCGCUGCGACAAAUCGAGCUCAUCCACUCGGGUCAGGAGCGCUUGCUUAUGCUCUGGCAGCACAAAAAAGUCAAACUCGAUCAAUGCUUUCAAUGGCGCCUCUUCGAGCAGGAUUGCGAGAAGAUGUUCGAUUGGAUACUGCACAAUCGGGAUGUAUUCCAAAUGAGCUAUGUGGAAAUCGGGCACAAUUAUUCGGGCGCAAAGCUGCUGCAGGAUGAGCAUCAGAAAUUCGCCGUUGCCUCGAUGAAUGUCAAUGUGAAUAUCGAUCGUAUCCUGGCCGUGGCAGCUCGGCUCAUUGAGAGCCAACACUAUGCAGCGCAGCAUAUUAAGACUUUGGCCCAGCGGCUCGAUCGCACCUGGAAGGACUUCGGAGCCGGGCUGGACGAGCGCACGGCUGUGCUGCAACUGAGCGUUCUCUUCCAUCACAAGGCCGAGCAGUACUGCAAUAGUGUGGCCAGUUGGGCAGCCGCUUGUCAGGCCUCGCAGCCAUUGCCCUCGGAUAUACAGAGCCUGGAAACAGCCAUAAGGACACAUCAGUCCUUAUACGAGGCCAUGUGCCAGGCCUAUACGGAGGUGCAUUCAACCAGCAAGAAGCUGCUCUAUCAGCUGGAUCAUCUAGUGCACGUUUGCAAUCAACCGCCGCCGCCGGGUGURCCCGAUCAUCGCAAGAAUAGUAGCGGCAAUAGCGGCGGCAGUGGCUACAACAAAUAUGAACGGCCAGAUCCUGCGGCGGAUUAUAGCGAAGGCGCCAGCCAUGUGCUCGCUGUUAUACACCAAAUAUUAGGACAUCAUCGGACACUGGAGGCCAAAUGGCAUCAGGAGAAGAUUCGAUUGCAUCAAACACUGGCGCUACGUCUCUUUCAGGAGGAUGUUAAGCAGGUGCUCGACUGGCUGAAGAACCAUGGCGAAGUCUUUCUACGCAAGAAUACGGGUAUUGGACGCAAUCUGCAAAAAGCGCGCGUCUAUCAGAAAUCUCACGAGCAUUUCGAGAAUGUGGCACAGAACACGUACAGCAAUGCUGAGAAGUUACUCUCGGCUGCGGAAGAGCUCGCUCGCAGUGGCGAAGCAGAUCCAAAUGAGAUUUACUCGGUGGCCCACGAACUGGAGCUGCAGGUGGCGAGCUUUGCCGAGCGUGUGGAGCAGCGACGACGACGAUUGGAAAUGGCUGUCAUAUUUUAUACGCAUGAGAAGGAGGUGACAGCCUGGAUCGAGUCGUUGCGCACGGACGUGAGCACAGAUGAGACGCGCCUCUCGCAGGAGAACCUCGAGGGCAUCGAGCGUUUGCUGCAACAAUACAGAGAUCAGCAGGACAGCACAGUGAACACUUGCAUGACACUGAUCGCUCAGGGAGAGGCUUUGCUGCAGGAGAUGCGCGCACUCGAGUAUGUGGACAAUACGGGCUCGCUGGCCGCGCUCGAAGCGACGCUCGAGAAGCUGAGCAAACAGAAGAUCGAGGUCGAGGAGCUGUGGUCGGCGCGCAAAUUUCGUGCUGAUCUCAUUCUGCGUUUACGUUACUUUGAGCGCGAUGCCAUGGAACUGUCCUCGCAGCUGGAGAUGUGGUCCGAGGAGCUGCAGCAUGCAGAUCUCUCGCGCGACUACCAGAAAGCCGAACAGCUCAUUCGCAUGCACAACGAAUCCGUAACCGAAAUACAGAACACGACGUACGAGGUACUGCAACAGGGUCAAGAUCUGCUGCAGCUCUUCGAGAACGCUGGCUUCAUAUCCAUGGCAGAUGCCACACAUACGGCGCAGGCACGAAUCGAAUAUCUGUUGGACUUCUUGCGUGAGCGGGAAAUCGACUUGGAGGAGCUGUCGGAGGCGAAGCGUGCAAAGCUGGAACAGGCUGUGCAGCUUUGUCAGUUCCAGAACGAUGCCAAUCAGGUCAUAUCCUGGAUUCGCAAUGGCGAGGCAAUGCUCACGGCUAAUUUUCUAACGCCCAACAGUCUGCAGGAGGCGGAGCAGCUACGCAAGGAACACGAACAGUUUCAGAUUGCCAUUGAGAAGACGCACACGUCAGCUGUGCAGGUGAGAUAUCGCGCAGAUGCGCUGAUCAAUGCGAAUCACUACGAUCCGAAAUCGAUACGUGAGAUCAGCGACGAUGUAACCAAAAAGUGGCAACAGCUGGUGACCUAUGCCGAGGAGCGUCACAAGCUGGUGACAGCCUCCAUAAAUUUCUACAAAACAGCCGAGCAGGUGUGCUCGGUGCUAGACAGCCUGGAGCGUGAAUACCGCAGGGAGGACGAUUGGUGCGGAGGUGGCGGCAGCAGUGAUAAGGCCCAAACGAUUGUGCAGCUAAUAUCGAAGCAUCAAGAGCAGAAGGAGGCAUUCCUAAAGGCCUGCACCCUGGCACGCCGUACGGCGGAAACAUUUCUCAAAUAUGCGAAUCGUUCGCAACAAUAUUAUCAAUAUACCCAGGGCAAUUGCGAGGCGCAUGUGAAGAGUAAGCUGGACAAAUUGCUCACCCAGGAGAAUCAGGUACUCGACUUUUGGACGAUGCGCAAGAAGUCGCUGGAUCAAUGCCAGCAAUUUGUGCUCUUCGAAAGGAGUGCCAAACAGGCCAUCGAAUGGAUACACAACACGGGCGAGGGUUAUUUAUCGUCGCGCACGAAUCUGGUGGGCAUAACCAGGGAGGAGACGGAGGGACUACUCAAGGAGCACAACGAAUUUCGCAGCACGGCUAAGGAGACACGGGAGCGAGUAAAGCUGCUCAUCCAGCUGGCCGAUAGUCUGGUGGAGAAGGGGCAUGCGCAUGCCAGUUCGAUUAAGCAGUGGGUCGCCUCAGUGGAUCAGCGCUAUAAGGACUUUAGCAACCGCAUGGACAGCUACUGCGAGCAGCUGGAGAAAUCGCUGGGCAUGUCACAGCAGCAGCUGCUCCAGCCCGAAUCGGACGCGAAUAGCUCGAUUAGCAGCGCAUCCGGCAGCACCGAUCGACACUCCGAUCCCACGCUGGAGGCAAAGCUAACCACCUCAGCUAGCUCGGCCAUCAGCAAAGAGAUCAACGAGGAGAAACGCAAGUCGGCGCGCCGAAAAGAGUUCAUCAUGGCGGAGCUAAUGCAGACGGAGCGAGCCUAUGUCAACGACUUGGCCACCUGCAUUAAAUGUUUCCUCGAGGAGUUUCGCAGUGGACGCAACGUGCCAGCUGCUCUGGUUGGCCAGGAGGAUAUCAUCUUCGGUAACAUCCGGGAAAUACAUCAUUUCCAUCAGAAGAUCUUUUUGAAGGAGCUGGAGAAGUAUGAGACCAUGCCGGAGGAUGUGGGCCAUUGCUUUGUCACCUGGGCUGUUAAGUUCGAUAUGUAUGUGCACUAUUGCAAGAAUAAGCCGACAUCGAAUAAUCUGCUCGUGCAGCAUGCGGGCAAUUAUUUCGAGGAGCUGCAACGACGUCUCGAAGUGGAGCAUCCGCUGCCCGCAUAUCUCAUAAAACCCGUGCAACGUAUUACCAAAUAUCAAUUGCUGCUCAAGGAUCUGCUGUCGUGCUGCGAGGGCAGCCAUGGUGAGAUCAAAGAAGGCCUCGAGGUCAUGUUGAAUGUGCCGAAAAAAGCGAAUGAUGCCAUGCAUCUGUCCCUGCUCGAGAACUGUGAUGUCUCGGUGGAUAAGCUCGGAGAGGUAGUGCUACAGGAUGCCUUCCAGGCGUGGGACACAAAGCAAAUAAUACGCAAAGGACGCGAGCGUCGUGUAUUCCUAUUCGAGCUGUAUUUACUGUUCGCCAAGGAGGUCAAAGAAUCGAAUGUGGUCAAAUAUCAAUUCAAGAGCAAGUUGAUGACCACCGAUAUGGGCAUAACGGAGCACAUCGAAGGCGAUGAGACAAAGUUUGCUGUGUGGACAGGACGUUCGCCCAUGCUAUCCGAUUGUCGCAUUGUGCUCAAAGCAAACGGCCUGGAGACCAAACAGAUCUGGGUCAAGAAACUGCGUGAGGUCAUGCAGGAAACUUGCUUCUCGGGCACCUCGCUUACAUUGCCAAAGUCGCCUGCCAAGCAUUCGGGUUCCUCGCAGCGAUCCUCGCGUGAUCUGGAUGAGCCACUCACUGAAAAUGAUCACGAUCGCUGCUCUUUGGCCAGCUUUGGAUCGGGCAAUACUACAGAUAGUGAUAAUAAGCUGGGCAAUCAGGAGGCCACCUGGGUUGUGGCUGACUAUAUAGCCAGUGCGGGCAGCAAUGAGCUGAGCGUUAGCAAGGGCCAGCAGGUUGAGAUUAUCGAGCCGCCCACAGCCAGUGAGCCGGACUUUUGUUUGGUCCGUUUAAAUCCACAGCAUGACGAUUCGGCUGUACAAGAGGGUCUUGUGCCCGUUGCAGUGCUCAAACCGCCGCCAGGCGCUCACAAGCAAGGUUCGUCCGGUGGAGCAGCAACAGCAACGGCAGCCGCAUCAGCAGCCACUGGAACAGGAGCCGCACAGAAGCCAAACGAUAUGCAGGAUCAAGCGAAUCGCGGCAAGGCGGAUGCAUUGUCUUCGUCGACCAAGCGACGCGGCUUUAGCGGGCGCAAAUGGAUACCGCAGCCGCUGCGUAAGCUCUCGCAGAGCAAAGUGGAGAAAUCACCCAAUGAGAAGGCGCUCUUGAAGAAGCCCUCGGAGAAGAAUCUGAGACUAACACAGAAGCACACCGAGGAGCUUGCCGAGCAGACGAGCAGCGGCGCCAGCGGAAGCGUUGGCCAAUUGCCAUCGCAAUUCCCCAAUGUAAGCGCACAGCAACCGGACUUUGAGGCCGAGGAGGAGGCCGGCUUGGAGCUGCCACCGCCCAUGAAGCCCAUACAGGAGCCGCAUUUGAUUGCCAAUGGACCGCCCGCAUAUCCCAAGGAUCUCAAGGAGAACGCUGCCAAUUUGACAAGCACGGGCAAGAUAGAGGGCAAUCCGCUAUCGGAAAUUGAACAAAUUGUCAGAAUGAGCCGCGAACAACACGAAUCGAACAGCCGCGUCGAUGGCAGUGCGGCAGGUGAGGCUGGCGGCGAGGGCGCCGCCAUAGACAAUGCGGCCACCAAUGGACGUGCCCAUUCAAAUGCCGAAUUGGGAUUUGUGCAGGAUAACAAUGACAAGAACAAAACAGAUCCCAGCGAUAGCAAAACGAGCGCUCUCAACAGACGUCAAUUGGCUUUAAAUGAGCUGGUGGCUACCGAGGAGUCGUAUGUCCAGGAUCUGUCCAAGAUAGUCAAUGGCUACAUGGAGGAAAUACACAACAAAGACAUACCGAGACCUGUGGACUUGUUGGGUGGCAAAAUGGAUUUGGUAUUCAAUAAUAUCAAAGAGAUCUACGAAUGGCACAGAGAUAAAUUUUUGAUACUGUUGCGCCAGUGUCAAAAGUCACCAGCUGAGUUGGGCCCGCUCAUCGAGAGCUCUGCCAAGAAGUUCACCAUGUACUAUUACUUCUGCAGCAAUAAGCCUUUAUCGGAGUUUAUAGUCAAUGCGCAUUAUCAGUAUUUCGAUCAGAUACGCCAGAAACUGGGACAUCGCAUGGAUUUGAGCACGUUGAUCAUAACGCCUGUGCAGCGCAUCACAAAAUACGUGCUGCUGAUCAAUGAGAUACUGCGCGAAACGAAGCGAGCGGGUCUGCAAAACGAGGUGGCCACGCUGAUGAAGGCUAGCGAGCAAAUGAAGGAUGUGGUUAAGAAGGUCAACGACAUGAUGAUGGUGCUGCGCGGACUGCAAGACUUCGAUGGCGAGCUUACGGCCCAGGGCAAUCUGUUCCUGCAGGGCACACUCACCUGUGCCAUCGAUGCGGGCCAGAAGCAGCGCGAGCUGCAGGUCUUUCUAUUCCAACAGGUCAUCAUUUUUGCGGACAUACAAAAGCAAAAGACGCAGUUUAGCAGUCCCGUAUUCAAAUAUCGUACGCAUAUACAGCUGAAUCACAUGCAGUUGCACAGUCUGAAGGAUAGCUCGUACAGUUUUCGUAUCAAAUCGACGGAUCCAAAUAAGCCACCCGUUUCGAUUGAGUGCCGGGCGAGCUCGGAGGCCAGCUACAACGAGUGGUUGGACACGCUGAACAAGAUAGUCAAGCAGCAGAACGAUUUAAUAUUACAGCUUAUCAAUCCACUCAGCAAAUGAAACACACACAUACACACCACAGCCACCACACACACGCGCAGUGUUGAAUUCCAAAAGAAAACAAAAGUUAUAUAAGAAAAGUACUGCAAUCUAUGCUGAUUGUAGUUUCCUUAGAAAAUACAAAACAACAUGUUUUGGGUCCAUCCGUAAAAAAGAAAACAAGAGAUAAAAGAAAAUCAAAUUUCUAGUGAGCGCUCCGCCUCGCAAUUUGUCUGAUUCACACACACACACACACACACACCAACACACACAUACUCAAGUCCUAAUUUGUAUGUAGCUUGUAAUUUAUUUAUUUUUGUUCAUGCUCCAAUUAUUAUUUUACAUGUACGAGGGCUGUUUGAAAAAUUUCCGAAUGAUGUGAAAGAAACAAACAAAAGGAA